AUGACGCUGCAUCUGUUCGGCUGUGCCUUCGUGUGUCUGUCUUCGGUCUGUCGCGCAGUGGACCCCGUGGUGUUCUCUCUGUUACCCAAGUUCUUCCCUCGUCUACUAAGCGAAGUCAACUACUGCUCGUCGACUAGCAACGUGAGCGGCACCAAGGCGGUGCUGCAGUGUCUGCUGGCUGCGCUGGAAGUGAUCACGGACAAGAUUCCGCAGCUCCUGGGUCCGUAUCUGCCUGAUGUGCUUGGUGCGCUCCUGUCGUCGUCGCUGCUCUCGUCUGCGCCUGCGAGCGCCCAAGUGCUCAUGACCGUGGACUGCUGCAUCUUGAACCUAGCGACACGAGCGUGA